UAUUAGUAAUAAUAUUCAAGACUUUAAGACUGUCAGUCUUAGUGCCGAUCAUGUGACAUUGUUAGCCAGUUCUAGUUUAAGACGUAAGACCAAAAAUCUUAUCAUUAAAGAAAGCUUUUGCACAUCCAAUUCAAACUUAGGAGUUCCCAUGAAAUCUAGACAGAUAGACAUUAGUUCACUAUUGAACUGA